AUGGAGGCGCCGCGCUCUGGAGGUGUAGCUACAGCACUCACACUGGGUUCUCGCGUCACCACCCACGGGUGUCAUGUCCCUCAGCAGACCUUCAAAACACACGCAUGCAGCACAGACUUUCUUCUCUGGAAAGUGAUGCCUCAGGGCUUUUCGUGUGGUCCCCCUCCUCCAGUUUGCUCCAGCCUGCCCAGCACGGCUCACCAUCUGUGGGCAGGCCGGGCGGGUUGGGCCCUGUACGGCGGCGCUGGUGGCAUGGAAACGGGUCUUGUAGCGAAGCCGCUCCCACCAAAUGGCUUAUCGGGCCCCGGGGAGCAGGCUGGUAAAAAGGCACUAAAUGGGCUGUGA